AUGACCGCGUGGCUCUUCUUCCUUCGGUUGCUGUCCGCUCCUAUGCUGGCUGGCACGUGGCAUUGGUUACGCUGGCCAGAAACCAGCGCCGAACCCACGAGUGGACAAUACGGUCGUGUCGGUGGCCGAGUACUCGUUCGGGCCCCUACACAGGGCGUGGGCGUGGGUGCCGUUUGUGUACCAUCUCAAACUGAUUGGGAGGUUGUGGCUGCAUUCCCGUACUUUCGAGGCGCGCAGUCGUUGUUUCACGUGUUUUUCAACAAAUACAGCGACAACUAA